AUGGUUGAUUGGUAUAAGGAUAAGGUAGAUAUAGUCAAUGAUGCAUAUGAAAAAGGUUCUAAAAAUUGCCAGAUGAUAUCUCCUGAUAUACAAAAGGAUCUUGCAAAAGCUUGUGCUGAGGAAGUCACAGCUGUCAGUAUGGAUGAGAUCCUUGGUAGAAAAUUCUCAGUGCUUAUUGAUGAAUCUCGGGAUGUAUCAAUAAAAGAGCAAAUGGCAGUGAUUCUAAGGUUUGUGAAUGAUAAAGGGCAAGUGGUGGAGAGACUUCAGCAUGUUCAGAGUUGUACAGCUAUUAUAUUGAAAGAGGCUUUGGUCAAUAUUGCAGAUUUCUUUAACUAUGUUCCUUUAAUAGUCACCAAUGUGGGUGCAUCUUGUAUGAGAAAAGAUGCGUUGCUUGCAAAGCAUCAAGAUGUGUUGCUAAAAAAGAUUGAGAAGGGUGAGAUUAUGACUGGAAGAGGUUUAAAUCAAGAAAGUAGCCUAGCUAGGCCAGGAGAUACUAGAUGGGGUUCACAUCUUAAAACUUUGCUUCGCAUUUUGGUGAUGUGGGAGGCUAUCAUAGAUGUGCUUGAGAUAGUGAAGAAAGAUUCUUUUAAACCAAGAAAUAACGGUGGAGCUUUAGGUUUAAUUGAAAAAAUGGAGAGCUUUGGUUUUGUGUUCAUCCUGCAUUUGAUGAUACAGUUGUUGAGCAUGACAGAUAUUUUGUCACAAGCUUUGCAAAAGAAGGAUCAAGACAUAGUUGAAGCAAUGCAUUUGAUCUCAGAUGUGAAAGAUAGCUUGCAGGAUAUGAGGGAAAAUGGAUGGGAGCCAUUACUCAAAAGAGUGAUAACAUUUUGUGAGAAGAAUGAGAUUGAAGUGCCGGAUAUGGAUAAGGAAAUAAAUGUUAGAGGGACAUCUAGAAGAAGGAAGCAAAAGGUAACAAACAUGCAUUACUAUCAUGUUGAACUUUUUCUGGUCGCCAUUGAUGCCCUCUUGACUGAGAUGAAUCACCGGUUUAGUGAAACUAGUUCAGAGUUAUUAGUAUGUAUGGCUGCUUUUAACCCAAGGAACUCCUUCUCUAAUUUUGAUGUGUACAAACUUGUGAGGCUUGCUGAAAUUUAUGCCGAUGAUUUUGAUAUUGGUGAACUUGCUGUUUUGCCAAAUCAUCUUACACAGUUUGUCAACCGUGCUAGAAGAACUCCAGACUUUCUUGGAUGCACUGAGCUUGGAAAAGUUGCUGAAAUUAUGGUCAAGACUAAAAUGCAUACAUCUUAUAAAUUGGUUUAUCAUCUCAUUGAGCUAAUCUUGAUACUACCGGUGGCAACAGCUUCAGUUGAGAGAAUAUUUUCAGCCUUGAACAUUAUAAAGACAGAUUUGCGCAAUAAAAUGGGUGAUGAAUGGCUCAAUGAUUUGAUGAUAUGUUAUACUGAGAAGGAGAUAUUUAGAAAGAUUGAUAAUAGAAAGAUCAAAAAGCGGUUUCAAGAGAUCUCUUCUAAAUUUAUAAUUUGGAGGUCCAUAUAUGUAUGA